CGAGCCAGCGCCGCAAAGGCUUUUAGUUAAGCGCAGUCGCUGCAGCAGCCUCGAUACUUCCUCUCCUCCUCCUCUUCCUCUUCCCUUCUCUGAUUCCCUUCUUUCCUUCCAUCUUCUCUCUACUCAUUAACCACACUCACCAUGUCUGUCCCUCCUCUUGACCAGCGCGAGCUCAAAAACACAAUCGUCCUCUUCGACGUCGACGGCACCCUCACCCCGGCCCGUCAGACCGUCUCCCCGGAGAUGCUCGAGCUCCUUGCCAAGCUCCGCCAGAAGACCGCCAUCGGCUUCGUCGGCGGCUCGGACUUUGUCAAGCAGCAGGAGCAGCUCGGCGAGAACGUGCUCGACAUCUUUGACUACUGCUUCUCCGAGAACGGCUUGACUGCCUACAAGCUCGGCGAGAAGCUCGCGUCCCAGAGCUUCAUCAAUUGGAUCGGUGAGGAGAAGUACAACAAGCUCGUCAAGUUCAUUCUCAGAUACCUUGCCGAUCUUGAUCUGCCCAAGCGCCGUGGUACCUUUGUUGAGUUCCGCAACGGAAUGAUCAAUGUCUCUCCCAUUGGCCGUAACGCCUCCAACCCCGAGCGCCUCGAGUACGAGAAGUUCGACCUGGCCCACAACGUCCGUGCCAACUUUGUGGACGCGCUCAAGAAGGAGUUCUCCGACUACGGCUUGACCUACUCCAUCGGUGGCCAGAUCUCGUUCGACGUCUUCCCCACCGGCUGGGACAAGACCUACUGCCUCCAGCACGUCGAGGCGGCGGGAUACACCACCAUCCACUUCUUUGGCGACAAGUCGUUCAAGGGUGGCAACGACUACGAGAUUUACGAGGACCCGAGAACUAUCGGCCAUGCUGUCAACAGCCCCGAUGACACCAUGCGCAUCCUCAAGGAGACUUUUGGUAUUUAAGUAGAUUUAGCUGGUUUGUUUAUAAUAUAAUAUCUUUACAUAUAAUAUGCGAAU